AUGCCUUCUGCGCAGCUUGGUGGCUGCCUUCGCGCUCUUGGGUUCCUCUGGCUGUUGGCACUCGCAGAAGCAAGCGUCAGAACCUACUACCUGGGGAUUGUGGAAGAGAACUGGGACUAUGCACCAAGCGGGAAAAAUCUGAUCACAGGGCAAAAUCUCUUAGAGGACAAGUUUGCAAGUGUAUAUGCGACAAGAGGAGCCAACCGGAUAGGGCGUGUGUACAAAAAGGCUAUUUUUAGACAAUUCACAGAUGACACUUACUCCCAGGAGAUCCCCAAAGCAGCCUGGCUGGGUUUUCUGGGGCCAGUCUUGAAGGCUGAAGAAGAGGAUGUCUUUGUCAUCCACUUAAAGAACUUUGCUUCCAGACCAUACUCUGUGCAUCCGCAUGGGGUCUUCUAUGACAAGGACUCGGAAGGAGCACUUUACCCAGAUGGAACCGGCGGUAAAAGCAAAGAGGACGAUUUUGUUGUUCCUGGUGGAAACUACACGUACACAUGGCCAGUAAGGAAAGAUUAUUCCCCAACUUUGUCAGACCCCAACUGCUUGACUUGGAUUUACCAUUCUCACAUUGACACACCAAGAGAUAUUGCAUCUGGUUUAAUUGGGCCACUGCUGGUUUGUAAAAAAGGAACUGCAGAUGACACCUCGAUAGAAAGGACUGGUGCUGCUAACGCUUUUGCCCUGAUGUUUAGCAUUGUAGAUGAAAACUUCAGCUGGUAUCUUGAUGAGAAUAUUAACACCUUCUGUUUAGAACCAACCACAGUGGACAAAGAGGAUGAAGGUUUCCGGACUAGCAACCGAAUGCAUGCUAUUAAUGGAUAUAUUUAUGGCAAUCUUCCUGGCUUGGAGAUGUGUGCUGACGAUCCCAUGUUCUGGCACUUGUUUGGAAUGGGAAGCGAGAUAGAUAUCCACGCCGCGUAUUUCUACGGCCACACGUUCACUAUCAGAGGCCAGAGGGCAGAUGUCGUCGGUCUGUUUCCAGCAACGUUCAUCACAGCGGAGAUGACUCCUGGGAAUGCUGGGAGGUGGCUGAUAACUUGUCAGGUUAAUGAACAUUUACAAGGUGGCAUGGAGGCACUGUACGAUGUUCAGAUCUGCCAGAAAAAUCUUUCUCGGCCUUCACCGCUCAGUCACAAAAGACUAUACUAUAUUGCUGCUGAAGAGGUGCUCUGGAAUUAUGGACCUGACGGUUAUGAUAAAUUCACUGGGCAGGGUUUAAAUGCCACUGGCAGUGAAUCUGCAAUAUACUUUACACAAGGGACUGACAGAAUAGGAGGGCAAUACUGGAAAGUUCACUACGUGGAAUAUACUGAUGCAAAGUUCAGCAAAAGGAAGAUCCAGUCAGAGGAUAUGAAGCACCUGGGAAUACUUGGUCCCGUUAUAAAAGCCGAAGUGGGAGAUACAGUGCUAGUUACUUUUGCCAACAAAGCUAAGAGGAACUAUAGCAUUAUGGCCCACGGCGUCAGCUACAGCAAGCUGUCAGAAGGCGCUCCAUACUUAGAUGGAUAUCCAAAGCCGGGAGCCCAUGUUAAACCAGGUGAGAUAUUCACAUACAAAUGGAGAGUGCCUGAAAAUGGAGGCCCAACAGAGAGUGACCCACCGUGCCUGACCUAUCUGUACUACUCAGCAACCGAUGCCGUGAAGGACACCAGCUCCGGCCUUGUGGGGCCUUUGUUAGUGUGUCGGAAGAACACAUUGAAUCCUGAUGGGACACAGAAAGGAAUAGACAGAGAAUUUUAUCUGCUCUUUUCAAUCUUUGAUGAGAAUGCCAGCUGGUAUCUGAACAAAAAUAUCGAAGCAUUUACUGGAGAUCCUUCAAAAGUAGACAAAGAUGAUGAAGAUUUCAAGGAAUCCAACAAAAUGCAUGCUGUCAAUGGCUACCUGUUCGGUAAUCUGCCAGGCUUGGCCAUGUGCAAGGAUGACAAGGUUUCCUGGCACCUCAUUGGGCUGGGCAGUCACUACGACAUGCAUGGAGUUCAUUUUCAAGGAAACACCAUCAAUUUGAGAGGGACGACCAGGGACAGCUUGGCCUUGUUUCCUCAUUUAUCGGGAACAGCACUGAUGCAGCCAGACCGCGUGGGCACAUUCAAAGUGGUCUGCAGGACUUUUGAUCACUUUGUUGGUGGGAUGAAGCAUCUUUAUGAAGUUAGCAGCUGCCGCAAUAGCACUCAAGCCCAGCAGCAGUACGGUGCAGUAAGGCUGUACUACAUCGCUGCGGAGGAGGUGGAAUGGGACUAUGCAUCAAAUAAGAGCUCGGCACCAAAGAUUUACAACAUAAGCAGCAAUGAAGAAAGCUAUGGGCGUGUUUUCAUGAGCCACGCGGAAGACCUAAUUGGUGCAAAAUACAAGAAGGUGGUUUACAGGGAGUACACAAACGGCAACUUCACACAGCGCAAAGUGAGGACCGAGGAGGAGAAACAUUUGGAAAUCCUGGGCCCAUUACUGCAUGCGGAGGUUGGCGACUCUGUGCUGAUUGUAUUUAAGAAUAAAGCUAGCCGGCCUUAUUCAAUAACUGCACACGGUAUAGAAGAAGUGGGUUGUGAAGAACAAUCUGAGACACCAAUUACCCUACCAGAGGAAAUUAAUACCUACAGGUGGAACGUCCCAGAAAGAUCAGGCCCGAGUAAAACAGAUCCAAACUGCAUCACUUGGGUUUAUUUUUCAACAGCGAAUUUUGUAAAGGACACAUACAGUGGUCUGAUUGGGCCUCUCAUAGUCUGCAGAAAAGGAAUCCUAAAUGAAAAAGGUCUAAGGAAAGACAUUGAUCGUGAAUUUACACUUCUAUUUAUGGUGUUUGAUGAAAAUAAAUCCUGGUAUUUGAAAGAAAAUAUUGAAACAUACCUUCAUAAGAAUCCUGAUGAUUUUAAUUACACUGAGAACUUUGUAGACGGCAACUGCAUGCACGCAAUCAAUGGGAAGAUCUACAAUAGUCUCCUGGGUUUAACGAUGAAUGAAGGUGAUACGACAAAUUGGUAUUUGAUAGGAAUGGGUAAUGAAGUCGAUAUACAUACAGUCCAUUUCCAUGCACAGACCUUCAUCUUCAAGACAGAUAAGGACCACAGAGGAGACGUGUAUGACCUUUUUCCUGGGACUUUCCAGACGGUUGAACUUGUAGCAGAAAACCCUGGAACAUGGCUUCUGCACUGUCACGUAGCCGAUCACAUCCACGCUGGCAUGGAAACAACCUAUACCAUCAAUAAAUCAGUGCGUAAAGUUCCUUUAGAAGGUGGACUCACAACUGCUGUAUAUGAUACUAUUACUACGAAAAACAGCACCACUACAGAGGGUUAUGACAGAGAAGGAGUCAACAUUUUUGGCAAAACUUUGAACCCCAGAGAAGCAAGCUUGAUAUUCACAGCCUUUUUUUUCAUUGGACUUGUUCUACUGACAACAAUAUUAAUCUUCUUCUGCCUCCUUACACGCCAAGAGAGCAAGAUCUAUUAUAGUGCUCUGCAUGACAAAAGCCCACUUCUGACGGAUUCCCUGUAAAUUCCCUCUUCCAGCAUCGUUCACAGAGCUGCACUGGAUUUCGUUGUAUGCUGCUAAUAAAACUGAAGCGAGACGUAUGUUGAUGGUCCUGUCCUGUAGCCAGCACUCACAAGAGUGAACGUGAGCCAUAGGGUUAAACUCCACAAGCCAUACACCACUCCUCUCUGUUUCUGCUCCCCUGAAGUUCACUUGAGCUUUGCCCAAGAUCCAAUUAUGCAGGGAAGCACCACGCCUUUUGGCAAACGCACCAGGUGCAAAGGAUUUUUGUGGGAGGAAGGAGAGGGCAGAAUUGUAACCAUGUGCUCCGAGAUGGGCACUGGGUUCACACUAGUUAGUAUUACAAGUGACUGCUUUAAGCGUGCUGGUUUCCGAAAGCACGGAUGUAAAUCUGCAACUCCCCAUGGUUUUCCAAAGGGAAACCGGACUUACACCGGGCCAAGAGCAGAACCGAGCUCAAGGAGUCUAAUGACAUUUAAGAGAUUCUGCUUUUUGCCCUAUUGAAUGAGGAAACUGUGCACUGGGGACAGAUUUUUAAAGGUAUUUAGAUGCGAUAUAGCUUAGCACCCAAGUUCAGUGGGUGUUAGUUCCUAAUUGCUUUUGUUAAUCCCUUUAAAAAUCUAGCCCUGAGCAAACAAUGAAAAAGUUAUUUGAUUUUGUAAUUGCUGCUCAUUGUGCUCCUGAUUCUGCAACUCUUCUUUACACCAAGUAGUGCUUCAGUCCCAAAUUUUAAUGAAACCACCACGAGGCUGACCACUGCCUUGUGAGGAAGACUGGCAGAAUCAGGCUGUACCUAGUGAUACUUGAAUUUUUAUAGCUCAUUUUUAAUUAGAUAAUGUUUAUUCUUGCAAGCCAGCUGCUUACGUCACCUACAGCUCUUGCAGAGGAACUCCAGAACAAACACAUUCUUCAAUCUGUGAA